AUGGUCGCUGGAUCAAUAGUCUCCCUUGCACUGGCGUGCAACAUAAUCCAGGUGGCUCAACUGGGUUGUAAAGCAGGAUUCACGGCCUAUAAGCUGUGGAGUGCGAGGACUGGCGAGCAUCCUGACCUGCAGGUUCUACGAGAUGUGGAGUCCUCUCUCACCCAACUCAACACCAACCUUCAAGGAUCCCUUCAGCCAAGCACAAUGCACAGCCACGCGGGAGUUGGCUUGCUGGAUGCCAGUACUAAGUGUCUUGAUCUGGCAUCCGAAUAUAUCCGGUUACUUGACGGCUUCAAGCUCGAGAAGCCCCACUCGGUCUGGGAAACCUUCCAGAAAACUACCAAGGUGCUGUGGGAUCCCAGCAUGGAGACGAUGGAUGCGGUCAUGCAAACGGCUUGGUACAAUUUGUUACUGGCACUGCUGAUCUAUAUGAAUUCCACUCUAGCAACUUCGGCGGAUCAACAACGCAUUCUCGACACCUGCGAACCUAUCGAAAAGAACUUCUUAAAUGCGGUCAAAACCUGUAUUGCCCCUAUCCAAGACGAUCUAGCAAGGCUUGAUCAGCAACAAAGCAGUGACAACGGUCUUGGCCAAUCCCAUCCUCUAUCCGACUUUGCAACCGUCAACCGGGAACAACUUGAUAAAUUGGAAAAAACGCUGAACGACAUCGCCAACUGCCUAGUGCCCCAAGACCUUUAUCAGACCAAUUCUGUGAAUGUGGCGGAACAAAAGAUCAUGGCCAGUCUCCGAUUUUUUGAGAUUGGUCUUCGUGCAGAACAGAUUGGUCAGGCCAAGGACGGAACGUUUCGUUGGAUCUUACAGCCUCAGAACCUUGAAUCAGACAAAUGGGAUGGCCUCGUUACAUGGCUAUCCUCGAGCACUGAAACACAAAAGAUCUUCUGGGUCUCCGGCAAACCCGGUUCGGGAAAAUCAACCUUGAUGCGAUUUCUCAAAGAAAACCUCCAAAGGCAGGAUCACAUGCUUCCUUGGGCGGACAACUGUACUGUAUUCAGUGCAUGUUAUUAUUUCUGGGGUGCUGGUAAUCAGCUAGAGAAGUCGACAACAGGGCUUCUGAGAUCUUUGCUGUUGCAGAUCCUAAAACAGAAACCUGAUCUAAUGCCUCGGAAUCUCAGGGUGUUAUUGUUCGUCGAUGGUCUUGAUGAGCUUGAAGGCCCUGAUGAGAUGCGCCAGGAACUUAUCCGCAUUCAUACAAGACUGAAUUUCCCUGGGACUGUGAAAAUCUGUGUGUCAAGCCGGCCUUGGAAUAUUUUUCGGGACAGUUUCAGACAAUAUCCAAAGGUGCGUCUGCAGGAACUUACACGUGAGGACAUCUGCACGUAUGUUCAGUCAGAACUUCUCAACGCCCAGCUAUUCCGGAAUCUCCUUAGAGUUGACGAAGUGAGUGCAAAGCAAAUUGUCUCAAAGAUCACAGACAACGCCGAAGGGGUCUUCCUAUGGUCACGACUUGUGGUGCGGGAUCUACUCACGGGUCUCCGGAAUGGAGACAGUCUUGAUACAUUGCAUCAAAAACUGAACGAUGUACCGUCCGGCAUGAAUAAACUCUUCAAACACAUGAUGGAGUCGAUUGAUCCUCAAUAUCGGCCUGAAGCAUAUGCCAUCCUACAGAUUGCAUUGCUCGACAAAGAGCAAUUUCCCCAACAAGCGCCUCUCUGCUUGCUUGAUCUCUUAGUUAUCGACGAGAAAAGACCAGAUGCGAUACUUACAAAUCCGACUCAGCUCGCAGAAAUGUUCAUUUGUGAUACCAAAAGGCUCCGUUUACUUCUCAAGUCAACUCUGCGACGAGUUAAUAGCCGGUGCAUGGGUCUUUUAGAGUUACUUGAGUAUCUCGACAGGAAUGGACGUUCGAUGAUGGAUUCCGACCAACUCGACUUAGAUCAUGUACUGCGGCCGAAAUUCACCCACAAAUGGAGAUGGCAUAUGGCGUAUACAUGCCUUGGAAUCCAAGCCAUAAAACGUGUUCUUCGAUCAAAUGCUAGCCCCAAUGAGAUGUACCGUGGCGCCUCUGUUUGGGCUCUCUUUUUGUCAUUUUUGGCACAAUGGCUGCCCGCGCGAGGUACCAUCACUGCCAGAAUCAAGCAGAAUUAUCUUACCGCACUCAGAUUGCUUAUCGAGAAGGAUGCCGAUCUAGUCCUCCCGAAGUCCUGGUUAGCUAACGGAGAGCUUGCGCUCAAUUACCUCUACAGGGUUGAACGCAGCGCGAACCUGAUGCUAGAAAGACCAUGUAUCUGGCCCGAAGAUCUGCCAGUGGUAUAA